UGCGUUGUGGCUGUGUUUUGUCUCGCAUCGUGGCUAACCGGCUAGCAUAAAAACAAUUUUAUUUUGUAUUCUAUUUUGAUGGUUUUGUACGAUUUUAUUCACAUUUUUACGUAUAAUGCCACUUUUGGUGUGUAGUCUCAUCUGCCCUUGAAUAUGGUUGACGUUUUGACGGAACAGGAGUCAGAAUUGCUUGAAGCGUACGAUAGCCGCCUAUUCGGCUUUCUACGACUGACAGAAACGAUAUGUGAAAACCUCGAUAUUACACAUAAAUCUCUUCUUUCAAAGGCUAUACGACACUACGAUAGCACGCUGAUCAAAGAGGGUACUCAGGCCAACCCAAAUAUCUACUGUAAACUUGGCCAUUUCCACUUGCUCCUUGAGGACUAUGUAAAAGCACUUUCGGCAUAUCAGAAGUUUUUUAGUAUACAAGGGGAUUAUUGGAAGGACGCGCCAUUUUUGUAUGGAUUAGGAAUAGUUUAUUUUCAUUAUGGUGCUUAUAUGUGGACGAUAAAAGCUUUUCAACAAGUACUGUACGUAGAUCCUGGAUUUAGUCGUUCAAAUGAGAUCCAUCUAAAAUUAGGAAUGAUGUUUAAGAUGCAGGGAAACUAUGACGCUAGUAUGAAGCACUUUCACCAAGCCCUACUUGAUUCACACCCAUGUUCGUUAUCGAAAUUUGAAAUUCAAUUUCACAUCGGUCAUUUGUACGAGAUGCAAAACAAGUGUCAAAACGCACGCGAGACUUAUGAAGCUGUUGCUCAGAGUGAAAAUGUGACGAACGAUGUGAAGAGUAAUGUUUAUAAGCAGCUUGGUUGGAUGUUUUACACAAAGGAGCAACUUGGCGACAAACAGACACGAUUGCAAGUUGCAGUACAGUAUCUUCAAAAGGCCAUUGAAAGCGAUAACACCAGCGGUGCAUCAUGGUAUUUGUUGGGCAGAUGUCAUGCAGUUCAAGGGAAGGUUCACGAUGCAUUCACUGCUUACAGACAUGCGAUUGACAAGUCAGAUGCCAGUGCUGACACGUGGUGCUCUAUUGGGGUGUUAUAUCAACAACAGAAUCAACCAAUGGACGCACUACAGGCGUAUAUUUGUGCUGUACAACUUGAUCCAUAUCACGCGGCAUCAUGGACUGAUUUGGGUAUCUUGUACGAAGCGUGUGGUCAGCCUUUAGAUGCAGUAAAAUGUUAUAAUGCAGCAAAACGUUGUGGAGCUUCUAGUCCGGCGUUAGAUGCUAGAAUCAAACUGAUUCAAGCUCAAGCAGAUCUGUCACCAAACAUGAAUCCACAAACAAAGAGCUUGCCUUUGAUUGAAGAAGCGUGGAAAAUGCCCAUACCUGCGGAAUUGACUUCGAGAACUAAGAGUGCAAAACAGUCUCAACCACAACUUGCACCACCAGUUCAACAUUCGUCGGCACCGUCUACCUCACAACAGGCGCAGCAACUAACGCUUCAAGCACAACAACAGCAAGGAACACAGCAGCAACAACAACAACAACAACAACAACAACAUCCCACAGUAUCACAACAACAACAAGCCCACCCGGCGGUGCAACAUCAACUUGCUCUUUCACAACCAAACCAACAACCACAGCCUAAUCAGCACCCGCAAAUUCAGCAAACCGUUUAUACAUCAAACCAUCAGCAACAACAAAGCCAUCAACAUCCAUCGUUCAACAUGGGAGGCGUACCUCAAAGCACCUCACCAUUCCUACAUCCGGCUUCUACGGUUCAGUUCCAAAAUGGUUCAUCGCGUUUACCUAGUACAAGCAAUCAAACACCUCCGGUAACCUCGCGUUGUCGAAACGAACAAUACACAAUGCCGCCCAUAAGUAUGCACUAUCAGUCACACGCAAACACCACCGAUCUACAACACCCUAUGCAAAAUUUCUCACACCCAGUACACACAUUACCCGUAUCUAGCACGCAAUCCCGCAAUUUUACAUCAGCCCCACAACAAACUCCCCUACCCCUAAACACAAGCAUGCAAUCAAAUUUCACAACUUCACAAGCAUCCUCGGCGCCUCCAAUUGUACAAAGUUCUUCUACGGUAACCACAGCGUCGAACAUUCCACCAUCUUUAGUGAAUUUUCAAGUUGAUCCGGACACAGGGUUGCCAUUAAGCAUCAUAAAUCUUCAAAAUGGUGGUAUGCUCAAGUCCACACCAACACCUCCUGUACCUCAACCAGUGUCAGAAAGCAUCGCAACACCCAGUGGUAUGCUCCUGACAUCACGGGACCCUGUGUUAUCCUCGGGUCCAUUAAUGAGCGAACCAGCGAUUUCAAACACACCGACACAGCCUUUAUCAGUGAAUGUCUUAACAUCUUCAACUGCGAGUGUUAGUAGUCCGCCCUUAAUAUCACCGUCUCUUAUGUCGCCUGGAUUGUUAUCUCCAUCGAGGCAUUACUCGUUGCUAUCGCCUUCCGAACUCAAAAAGACCAGUCAACAAGGUACCGGCUUGAGCGCACUCGGGAGUGUUAAAGUUAGUUUGUUGUUGGAACCUGGUGCCUUGCCGCAACCACCAGCUCUACCUCAGACCCCUUGUCCUCGCGAGAAGUUGUCACCACCAACACCUAGCAUUCGUGUCGAAACUAAAUCUGAAGCAUAUUCAACUGAGCUACAAAACCUAUGUCUUUCUCCAUCCCAACCAAUCACAGUUAUAAGAGGACUCGAUAAAGCGCUUGGCAUAGAUCUCAGUUUAUUCUCAACAAAAGCUUUGCUGGAUGCUCAUGCCGACCACGAAGUUGAAGUUCGAACACAAAAACAGCAGCUGUCAGACGAGAAUAUUGACGACGAAGGACGAAAGGUUUGGCUUUGUGAAAGUAGCAGGUCUUAUUCCACUAUUGCUAAAUACGCUCAGUACCAGGCUACGACCUUUCAAGAGUCUUUUGAGCAGGAAGAUCAAGAACGUAGUUUGUCAGAUAGUGAUUCAUCGUCAUCUGGUCAUAAAAGGAAAAAACGAGGAACACGAAAAAUUAUAAAGUUUGGAACCAACUGCGAUCUAUCCGAUGAAAAGAAAUGGAAAGCUCAAUUUCUUGAACUUAAUAAACUACCGCCGUUUUUGAGAGUCUUUUCACCUGGCAACAUGCUUAGUCAUGUCGAUCACGUUAUCUUAGGGAUGAAUUCAGUUCAGUUAUACAUGAAGAUUCCAGGAUGCCGUACUCCAGGCCAUCAAGAAAACUUGAACUUCAGUUCCGUUAAUAUCAAUAUUGGUCCCGGAGAUUGUGAGUGGUUUGGUGUGCCUUAUGAAUAUUGGGGAGCUGUUCACAACUUUUGUGAAAGGAAUAAUGUUGAUUUCUUAAUGGGAUCUUGGUGGCCAAUUCUUGAGGAUUUGUUUGAAGAACGGGUUCCAGUGUACAGGUUCAUUCAAAAACCUGGUGACUUAGUAUGGGUGAAUGCUGGUACAGUGCACUGGGUUCAGGCUGUUGGAUGGUGUAACAAUGUCGCUUGGAACGUUGGACCCUUAACAGAAUUUCAGUACAACAUGGCCGUCGAAAGAUACGAGUGGAAUAAACUGCAAGGAAAUCGAUCUAUUGUUCCUAUGAUUUUAUUAACGUGGAAUUUAGCCCGAAAUAUCAAAAUUUCGGAAAAGAAACUCUACGAGCACAUGAGACAAGUGUUGGCGCGAGUGUUGAAAUACUGUCAGGUGACAUUGGACUGCUUGAAAGAAGCUGGUGUGACAGUGACAUUACAAAGACGAGGUGAACACGAAGCUGCCCAUUAUUGCAGUGUAUGCGAGACUGAAGUGUUCAAUAUUCUAUUCGUGACAAACAAUAAGAAACACCAGGUCCACUGUCAGGAUUGCGCAAGAAAGACAAGCGAUGUUCUUCAAGGCUUUGUAGUCCUACAGCAGUUUCCUAUGGAAGAAUUAUAUAAAACGUACAAUGACUUCAGGUUAUUCCAGCAUUCUUCGGCAAGUGUAAUUCAACCAUAGUGCAAGUGUUGGUUUUCAGAGCCUUAGAAGUGUACAGUUUGUUGUUUGUCGUGAGGAUAGUGUUGAGGAGAAUUACGAACAUUUUGUUAUAUAGUAGGGUUUAUUUUCCUAGUUGACUUUGUACCGCAGUACAUAAUUAUGUAGAUAGUGAUUUUCGAAAUUAUAACGGCGGUGAUUGUAUGCUAAUGACCAAUCCACCGAUGACCACUGACAAAAUUUUAAUUACGGUCAAACUAGUCGUUUCUACUAAUUUAGACUAUAAUCCUGAUACCCCAGACUAGUGAUAUUUAUACCAUAAUUUCUCACGACGGUUAACCUUGAUAUACUUAACGUUAUACAAGCACAUAUUUUACAUUGUUAAACACACUUUUUAUUCAAUAAGUUCUCUGUCAUUUUAAACUUACUCAGAAGCCGCAGUAGUUUCAACCUCGUACCCAAGUUCAUAUCGUUGGACCUCGGUACGUAACUUGUAGUACUUGAGCUCUCGGUAUCAACAGCAUGAACGAUAUUAAAACGAUAAAAAUUGUUGGCAUCAACAGCAUAUCAUAACCAGAACACAUGCAGCAUUGACGAUACUCUUAUCAUAACCAUUGACAAUAUACCUUUAAAACCGCACACUGAUAUAUAAUCACUUCAUCCCCGUGUAUGAUCUGUGCUGUAAACAUUUUAAAUAUGUAAGUACAUUGUGAUUGCAAAAUUUUCUACAUUACCAGUUCUCCAUACACACUUUGUAAAUCUUAUUUAAAAGAACGAUUGGAAUUGAAUGAUUGAAAGUAGGAAGUAAAUAAAUGUUGUAAAAUUAAGUUGAUUAAAGU